AAGCGCGAGCAGACUGAAGGAGUUUCACUCGGAGAUCUUCAUGGUCAUCAUCACACACGUAUAAACCCAGUCUGGCUCCUCGAGCAGCUUUCUCUUAGACAGUGAGCGCCCGGAUUUGUUCGCUCUCCUUUAUUUUGUCCUCCUCGGCAGCCCAUGCACGGCUGCACACACAUCCAGGUUUGAAGCAUCAGACAAUCAUCAGUGACCGGCUGCUGUCUGCUGAGCAGAUGUUGGGAGAUAAAGCUCACGCAGGUGUGACUUUAAAGGUUAUGGAAUACACAUAUGACGAUGACCUGGAAGAGCUGUGUCCUGUGUGCGGAGACAAAGUGUCCGGAUAUCACUACGGUCUGCUCACCUGCGAGAGCUGCAAGGGCUUCUUCAAGAGGACAGUUCAGAACAACAAGAGGUACACAUGCGCGGAGAACCAGGAGUGUAAAAUAGACAAAACCCAGAGGAAGAGGUGUCCUUUCUGCCGCUUCCAGAAGUGCCUCAGCGUCGGGAUGAGACUAGAAGCGGUGCGCGCAGACCGCAUGCGUGGGGGGAGGAAUAAAUUUGGCCCCAUGUACAAGAGAGACAGGGCCUUGAAGCAGCAGAAGAAGGCUUUGAUACGAUCCAGCGGCUUCAAGCUGGAGAGCGCGGCUCCUCCGCCGACCUCUCCUCUGCAGACUGACUACAGCUUCACCAGCACCCUGCACGGCCUGCCCACCAUCUCCAAAAGCCUGCUCCCAUCCACCCCCAACUCUAUUGCCCCCACAGACUACGAGGCCAACCUCUAUGGACCCCCCUCCCUGGGCAUGGCCAUGCAGUCCCACAUGCCCCUCACCGCUCAGUACCAGUACACAGCCUUCCCCGGCAGGGCCAUUAAAGCCGAGUGUCCCGACUACACCAGCUCCCCUGAGUCUCUGACAGGAUACCCCUACCCUGACAUGUACCCCUCCGCCUCGCCGCAGCCCCCCAACCUGCCUCCGCUGGUGCUGGAGCUGCUGCGCUGCGAUCCAGACGAGCUGGUGGUGCAGAAUAAGAUCGUGGCUCACCUGCAGCAGGAGCAGAGCGGCCGGGGCCGGCUGGACAAGCCCAGCACCUUCAGCCUCAUGAGCCGCAUGGCAGACCAGACCCUGUUCUCCAUAGUGGAGUGGGCUCGCAGCUGCAUCUUCUUCAAGGAGCUAAGGGUGGGGGAUCAAAUGAAGCUGCUCCAUAACUGCUGGUCUGAACUUCUGGUCCUGGACCACAUUUUUAGACAAGUGCAGCACGGACAGGAAGAGAGCAUCCUGCUGGUGACCGGCCAGGAGAUGGAGCUGUCGUUUGUCCUGUCCCAGUCUGAAGCCACUCUGUCCGGUCUGAUCCAGAGAGGUCAGGAGCUGGCGGGGAGGCUGCGGGCGCUGCAGGUGGACCGCAGAGAGAUCGCCUGUAUGAAAUUCCUCCUCCUGUUCAAUCCAAAUGUGAAGCUGCUGGAGGACCAGGCGUUCGUGGAGGGCGUCCAGGAGCAGGUGAACGGGGCUCUGCUGGAGUACACCCUGUCCACGUACCCUCAGUUCCAGGAGAAGUUCAGCCAGCUGAUGGUGCGUCUGCCGGAGCUGCGCUCGCUCAGCACGCAGGCCGAGGACUACCUGACCUACAUGCACCUGAGCGGAGAGAUGCCCUGCAACAACCUGCUCAUCGAGAUGCUGCACGCCAAGCGAGUGUGUGUGUGAGGGAUGCUCAUGCCGUCUUAUGUUGUUUCUCUGGGUGAGAAAGUGUGUGUGUGUGCGUGUGCGUGUGCGUGUGCGUGUGUGUGUGUGUGUGUGUGAGUGCGGGUAAAAAAUCAAAUGAAGAACAGCGUUACAAGUCCUCUUUGUGAGGGCUUCUGUUUGACUUAAAGGAGAAAACGUUCUUUAGAGAUUGGGAUUAUAAAGCUCCGUCUGUAUCAAGGUAGAGUUUCAGAGUUCAUGUUUUCAUACCCUGUAGAGCUUCAUAAAUGGGACCUUUAUAAACUGGAUUUUUUUACCCUGUUUUCAAAAAUCUAAGAUCAGAUCUGCCUGUAGAUCUACGUUACGUCCUUUUUGACCAAACAUCACAGACGUCUAAGCUGCCCAGCAAACCUGCAGACUGGGAGGAAGAUGCUCCUCCAGCCUGCAACAAAGACAUGCUGUCAAGGCAACGUGUGACAUGUGACAGCCGCUGCUCGCAUCAGUUUGAAACAUCCAGACUUAAUUAUUUCUUAUUCAUCUGCACAGCUUUGAACUUGGUAGGAGUUUUAUGGUGAUUUAAAGCAUCUGGAAACCUAAAUGGAAUAUUAAAAAUUCACAGAAUAUCCAAAUUAAAUGUGUAAUCAAGCUUCAACAGCAAUCUGAGUGAAAAUAAACAUUCACAAAUAUGAAAAAAAACAGCUUAUUUUACAGGUCAGAGCAUUUCUGAGGACUGUGUGGGCGUGGCCUAACUCUUUGAUUGACAGGUCGAGAGAGAGUUCACAGCCUGCAUGUUUGAGCCGUCUGACUCUGAAUCUAAAGACAUCAAAACUCCAGAGUCUGAAAUUGUUGUUGAUUUGGGUUACCAGGGGCUUUAAGUGCACCUUAUGAAAAACAUAAGCACAUUUAGCGCAGCGUAAAGAAUCGGUGAACUCAAAGACGUCGCUGUUGGUUUCCUGAUGUCCUGAUUCAUAGGACAGUGUUUGUUUGACCCCCCAGGGUCACCUGCAGUGUCUUAAUGUGAGGGGUUGACCAAACUUGACCACAUGUGAGUGAGAGCAAACUGCAGGGUGACACUAAAUCCUCUUUAUGACAUUUUGCAGCUUCUUUUAGAAAUCAAAGUUCAGGGAAAUGAUUAGCAGUGGUGGUUCUGGGGAGGGGCCAACAGGGGCCAGUGCCCCUGUAAAACUGAACCUGGACCCCCCUGUGGCCCCCCUCCCUCCACACCAAACAAAUAUUUUACAACAAAAAAAGCUUUGGUAUCGUGCCAAUGUUACAGGCGGAACACAUACAUGUGGCACUUGGUUCCAGUCCCUUAGAGCGCUAAGGGACUCAUGUUGAGUGUAAACAGCCAAACAGCUGCUGUCAGUCUGCAUGUUGAUCUAGUACACAGUAGUAUAUAUGUCUAGUAGAUAGGGAUGCACUGAUGUUUUGCCAGUUUGUUCUCAGCCGGUCCUCGCCCUUCUCAGUCUCUUUUGUCAGGGUUGAAUGUGUCCCUCUGUCAACACCCUUGGCCCCAGCCUGCGCCCCCUCAGUAAAAUUAGUCUAGAACCGCCACUGAUGAUGAGGUCGUUUUUAAACAAAUUCCAGAUCCAAUUUUUUAAAAACCUGCUCCUACAUUAUGAGUUAUUUAAUACAUUUACAUUCCUCCUUUUACUUUGUAGAUUACAGCAUCACAUGUCAGAAUUGGCCCUACAAUCCUUCUACCGCUACACCUUACAGGUUUCACUUUAUCAAACUUGUCCAAGCAAACGGAUAUAGAAGGAGCGUAGAGUCACAAAUAUAGAAGUGGAGCACAUUUAGAAAGAGAGAAAACUGCACAUGGAUGCUUUGAGGGUGAAAACAUAAUCGGGGGGGAAACGGAGGAGAAGAAGGAAGAGAGAGGCAGAUGGGAAAGAAAAAAUGACUGUUAUUUAUCAUGCAGUAAAAGAUGCAUCUCAAACUCUUCCUGUUCACACCAUAGACUGUAUAAAAUAUGGACGUAGUAUACGUGACGUCACCCAUCUGUUCCUGAGAGCUGUUUUGAAGCCAAUCGACGGCGGCAGCCAUAUUGGAAAUGCUGAACUCAACCAGGCAGAGUGUGACGUAGUGUGAGCCUCCUAGCUAACAGCUAUGUGUUCCUGACCGGGAGUCACGUCAGUCAUGUCCUUAUUUGGGGAAAAACUGGUAAUCUUAAUAUCUUCUGAACCGUCUCAUUAGAAAAAAAUUCACCGCUCCUACAGUGUGUGCCGAUAGAGAGAUUAGCUUCAUAGAGCCAAGCCGUUUUUUGAACCAGACUGUAAACAUGUUUAUUAAUUCUCCAUGCAUUGCAGUUUAUAACACUUCAGCAUGGGCUUCAUCGUUUGAGACCGGAGGUUGCCGCUUGGUUCACACUCACAUUAGUGUCAUGUCACACUGACGUCACACACAUCGUAGUGUUUUCAUUUACACAACUCCUGUUCCUUUUUCUCUUGGCAUGAACAAACCUAUCUUUAUGUAUUUCUAACUGUCUCUGAUCCCAUGAAAAGAACAGAACCAUUGAUGCGUUCGUCCGUCUUAAACACUGAAUCAGACUAAAGCUGGUUCAUCCUCCUCCUCCUCAGAGCAGAGGAAACACACUCAUGAAAAAGAAAAGUUUGUGUUGGUAAAAACAAAAAUUUCAGGGUACAAUCCAAAUCCAAAUUCAAAUUGCUCACAGACUGUUCAUGUUUCACAUCAUGCAGCUUCAGUUUUAAAACCUGCUGAAGAAAUGCUUUGAUUCAUGGCGCUCUCUAAAAGCUCUUUUCAAACAGCACCGGAGCUACCUGAGCACCCUGAGUGAUGUGAUGAUGAGUCUCUCACUCUCACUGUCAUUUGUAUAGAAAGAACACACUGCACAUCUCCUGCAGACUGAGGACACGUUAUAUAAUAUUCAAAUUCAGUGAUUAUUAAUGUUAAUUUUGUUAAUGGGGGAUCGUCGGACACUCAGAAUCCAUCGUUUCCCCCGCUGUGUGUCUAAUCUUUAGAAAUGAAAGUGAUGCCUUCCUGUGACAGGCUGAGUUAUUAUCUGAGGGGCUCAGUGUUAGCUCGGUCUCUACCUGCAGCAGGUGUGCUUUAUGAACCAGCUCUCCCCACCUCCAUGCAUCUGUCUCAUCUUCAUUGAGGAUUUUUACCCCCGGUGUGCGUUAGUGACAAAGACACAACCGGGGGUGACGUUAUUGACGCUCUCACUGUAAAAAGCUCUGCGUCUACAGCUUGAUUUAAUCCAGUUUGGUGAAACAUCAGACACAUUUAGUAAGUUUGGAUCAACUCCUUGUCAUCAAAGAUGAAGAUGCAUUUCAGAGUGCUGUGAACUGACUGUCUGUCCAGUGCCUCUGUCACUGCAGUUACAUUCAGGGACCGUCGUAAAUGUGCAAUACAGUCCUUUCAUGACAUUUUCCUGUGAAUCAAGAGAAUCAAAAUACAGUCACAGUGGUCACAUCAAGAAUGUUUUAUUUUGACUCUUUAGCAGGGCCAGGCUGAAUUAUUUAACUUAAGAUAUUACACGAGCAAAAGUGUUAGAGGAGUGAAAUGUUGACGACCUUGAUACCGACAUCUGAUCGACGACAUGAAUUAUUUAAAGAGUGAAGAUGUUUCGGCAAAAAUCCAAGACUAAAUGUUUUCAGUUUUCGUCGACUAUAAAGGGCUGAAAAGACUUAAAUGUGACUAAAACUAACAGGCAUUUUCAUCUAAAGACUAAGACUAAGACUAGAUCUAAAAUAGCUGCCAAAAUGAACACUGCAGUAAUAGCUGUUUUUCCUCUGUGUCUCCUCUGCCUUGCUUCUGGUCUGGGAGCAUUUGAACUAUUCUGCAUGCAAAUUGAGGCGACUCAUCUUACUAUGCAUCAGAUCAAUUUACAGAAAUGGUGCUGAAAGUCACAGAGCAUGAUUGGAUUAUUAACAAUAAACAGCAGCAUGCGUUAAGGAACAUGUCUGAUAUUUUUGCCCAUUAUAUUAAAAAAUAUAAUAGUAGCUAAAGUUGAAAUAAAACCUUGAAAAUAGAAAAUGUAAUGAGUUUUCUGCCUUUCUUUGUUGCCAGAUGACUCCUAAGUUUAGGGUUAGUGAACAGGUAAUUAUCAAAAGCAUCAGUAGCAGCAGGUUAAUUCAUAACAGCACAGGAAACACAGACACAUGCUCAUAUAGGUAGGGUCAUUUUCUCCAGACCAACUAAAUGAAGCCACAUUAAAUCACUUUGAGGGACAGUGGAGGGAGGCGAACUUUGAGCCUCCUCGCCAACAGCUACAGUGUUCCCGCCUGUCAAUCAAGUCAGCUGUGCCUCUCAUUGGAAGACUUGUAAUCUCAAUAUCCUCACCCCCGUACAGUGUGUGCCGAUCGAGAUAUGAGCUAUCCAGACUACACUUGUUUUUUUGUACCAGGCUGUAAACAUGUUUAUUUCUGCUGUAAAGAUCGGCUUUUUUGAAUUGGCGUGUAUGUGGUUUCCAGUACUUCUGGAGCCAGCCUCAAGCAGAUCCUCAAUGAACUCCAGUUUUUAGCACUUCCACAUUGGACUCAUAUCUUUAGACUGGAGGUUCCCGCUUGUUCAAGAAACACUCCCCAGGUUUCAAUUUUAUGUCUUCAAACUGUUGCAGCGGCCUCACCUCUGAAACAUCCUUGCCUUUUUUUUCCAAGUGGACAUUUUUCCUGACAUUCCUUCUCGUGGUUGCAGGGCAGCUUCUCUUGUGGACGUCUUAUUUCAAACCCGGAGUGUAUUCAAACUGAAAAAAAAAAUAUCUACAGAUGAGCACAACACCAGUUUUAUUUUGUAUUCUGACCACUUUAAGUCCAGGAAAAAUAACUGACAAACGAUAAAGAAAGAGAAGAAUCCAGAUCUUUAUUCCUGUAAGGUCACUAAAACUCUCCUCUCUUAGAGCUGAAGUAUUUCUGUGUAUUAAUACUUUGUGACGAGGAGACAGUCCUCACCGCUGCAGGCCUUAUCAGCCCUGUGCACAGUAUCAGAAGGCUGACCUUUUGCUCUCAAACGCCAGGCUGUGUGUUUGUAGCUGUCAGUGUUUCUUCUUCUGUGGCUGAAAAGUAACAAAUUGAUCUUAGAUUUACGAGAGACCCCGCCCCCUUUUUAUAAAGCACAGGACUCUCAGCAAUGAAGACAAUGUAACUGAUAUUGACUGUCACUGUCAUCACAGUCAGAGCAGUGUGUGUGUGUGUGUGUGUGUGUGUGUGUGUUUGUGUGUGUGUGUAAUAUUGUGCAGCUCAACUUUCUCACUGUGGACAUUUCACACCCGUCUCUGUUCAUGCAUCCAUGUGGCAGGGUCCGCCAUUUUUAAAAGGUAUUGUAGACAAUCACUCCACCUGCCUUAACUUAAUGUCUGCCUAAGAAAAAACACACACGCAUAUUAACACACAUGUAUGUUGGGACAGCUGUGUGUUCUCACUCUGUACAGUAUAUUUAUGUUGUGAAGUGAAUAUCUACUGCAGAAAGAAGAUAACAUUUCAACAGUAAAAAAAAGUUCUCUGCUUUAUGUUGAGGUCGCUGAUGUUGUGGAGCUGAUUCUCUUGAUAUUGCUUUGUUUUUUCGCUCUUAGUUCACCUUUUCUUUUUUUUCCUGUGAGUUGACAGUCCGUCUCGUCUUUAUCUGAAGUGUUUUUCUCCCAAAAAGUGAAAGUGACCAAAACAUUUUGUUUUCUUUAAAUAUAUUUUAUUGUAACAGCAUCAAACCAAUAAAAGUCAGUGAAGUAAA